UGGAGUUUCCUCUGCCUUAAAAAAAGAAAAGAAAAAAGACAUCGACAAAAGCGUGAGGAGUGUGUGAAAACUCGAAGGUGAAGUGGAGGGCCAUGGCUCGUGGGCAGCAGAAGAUUCAGUCCCAGCAAAAGAAUGCGAAGAAGGCAGCAGAUAAGAAGAAAGGUCAAGGAGCCGACCAGAAGACGGCAGCUAAAGCUGCUCUGGUCCACACCUGUCCUAUCUGCCGGACUCAGAUGCCUGACCCCAAGACUUUCAAACAGCACUUUGAGAGCAAACACCCAAAGUCCCCUAUGCCUCCUGAGCUGGCAGAUGUUCAAGCAUGAAGAACUACAGGCUGGAGUGGACCUGAACCUUGAUACACAAUGACCACGGACUAAACGUUGAGUUGCGGCACCUGAAGGAAGUAGAUGAAGAACACUGGGACCCGUCAGUAUUCAUGGACAGCGGGUUGGGAUGUGUGUUUAUGUCGCGUAGAUGUGUUUGUCUCAGAGAAGACUGUAAUGACAGGGCACUAGUACACCACCAGCCCAUGUUUUUAUAUUUAUUGUCUACAACUACCUUGCGAUUCCAGAUUUAGGGGCAGAACCAGCAACAUUUCCUGCAAACACUGAAUAAAAUUCACCAUGUGAUUAAUGAUGCGAGAGUCUUCAAGAGCACUAAAUUUAAAGAUUCUUCACUUGUCUACAGUUGACAUGGCACUGCUGUUGGGUUACAACUUUUAAAUUCCAGUCGUUUGGAUUAAUAUGAUAAUUUGCCUCUUCAACUUAAUUAUAUCACUAUGUCAAAUCUGUUUUUGGAGAUUUAUGGUUAACGUCUAAGUAAAAAGUUGAAAGCUUUUCAUCAUCUGUGCUGCUCCACAGGUGUCCUCAUUCACUAACACCUCACAACAGUAACCUCACCUUAUUUUACCACAAAUUAUUUUUCUGUUGUUUUUAAUGUCCUCAAAUGCAUUUGUCUUGGGCUGCAUCCACACAACUCCGUUUGCCAUCUGUCAUGUUUCAGAGCCCAGUUAAAGAAAAACCCUGCUCUUGACACCACCCUUUAAAUUUACUUUCUGUUUACACUGUGACAGACGCAGAGCUGAAAACUUGUCCAGGCACCAAUUGUUUGAAUUUAUUACGGCGUGGUAUGGGUGUAGCCCUAAAAUAAUCUCUGCAAUAACAAACCAGUAACAAGAUUAGUUUUGAUUGCCACACUUUCAGCUUUAGUUUGAAUGUUAGUUGAUGAAAAGGACUAAAAAUAAUUUUUUUGAUUCCAUAACUGCCAAAAUAAUGAUUCCCUGUACUUUCUGGUCCUUCAUUUGUUCAAAAAUAGACAAAAAGUUUGCUUUCUGUUUUUUUUUUUACCCUUUCCAAUAAAUUGAACAAUGUAUUUAA